GUACCCAAUCCCACGCGUCUUCUACGGCGCAUGGCGCAUGGAUGUUUGGGUGGUGUGUGCCUGAAUCCUGUCCUAGGCCCAGGAACCAGCUAACCCAACCAAGGUUUAUGACACAUCCGAAGAGCGAACCCCGCAUUCGUUCGAUUUCCUAAAACUGCUGUUAUAACCCUGUCCCCUCUCUCACCUCCCUUUCUCUUUUCACUCAUUCCUCCUCCCAUUCACUCCCCAUUCACCACAACCUCCCCCGCUCUCGCCAAUGAAGUACGGCAACUACCUCGAGGAGAGAAAGCUGCAGUUGCCCGCAGAGUGGCAGCAGGUCUUUAUCGACUACAACGGCCUCAAGACCUUCAUCAAGCAACACAUCGCUCCAGCCUGCCUCAAGCCCACCCUCGCCGAUCAGCAGGCCCACAAUGCUACUGCCACCACUACUGCCUCGCCUGCAUUGUCAGGAAGUAGCCUCCCAGUCAACAACAACUCGAUCCAUACUCUCACCUCUCCAGCGCUUGGCGGAUCGAUCACACCAGCGGCUACACAGGAGGAUCUGAAUGCCUUCUCGGCCAUGAUCGCUUCUCGACUGACCAUCCUCCAGACUAAAGUACCCGAGUUCCUCGCAAGACUGGACCAGCAGGUUGCAGACGUCUCGACCUUCACCACAGCUGAGACCCGGAAGAUCUAUGAGGCCUAUGGGGCCUUCCAGGUCGCCAAGGUCGGCCUGGGACUCGAUUCGGAAACUGACAGCAAGUCUGCACAGUCGACAACAGCAGGAGAGAAUAACUCACUCGAGACGCUGCUGCAGUCAGUGAUCAAACUUGAAAAAUAUAUCUUUUUGAACUACACGGGCAUCGUCAAGAUCAUCAAAAAGAUGGAUCGCCACGCAGGACUCGGGAUCAGUGAGGCGUACCUCGGCCGUGUCUGGAAGCUGCCGUUUGCGAGGGCUGAGCAAUUGAGCUCGCUCAAGAAGGAGCUCAUGGAGAAGCUGAGUGGAGUCAAGAACGCUGCCACGACCACUGCUGUUGUCAGUGCUCAGCAGGAAACUACCAUUGGACGUUCAGUAGCAACCGGAGAUGUCGUGCACUCGCCCCUGGCAUUCAACUUCAAAGCAGAUUCACCUGUUAUGAUGUGGCGCCCGACUGCGCUGAAACCCACAGAAAAGACCUGGUUCCCUCCUGCACCUUUGCUGCCUCAUCAGCGCGUCCUGAUCUCGAUGAGUGGACCUCACGGAACCGACAUUAUCGGAACACUCUUGGCCUGUGCUGCUAAAUACCAGUGUGCGGUCGAUGACUUUUCGUUCGCGCGUCUGUAUCAUAAUGUGACGUUCGCGAUCCUAGUCACGAUCAAGAACGAUGAUAUGGAGAUCUUCAAGGACUUGGCGGCGGCGGCCAAACGCUGGGAUGCGACCCUGACGUUCGACAUCCUGGACUCGUUGAAGAAGGACCCUCAUUUCGGAAAUUACGUUCCCGGGUCCUUGGAGGACGCGCCUUAUGAGGGAAGGCUGAAGUACACGGCGACUGUGCUCUGUCAACAUGGUCUGACGCCGGCCUUCUUGUCAGACUGGACACGGUUGCUGUUGGAGAACAAGAUUUCGGUCGAGAAAAUGGUCCGUUUGAAUGAGGGUCAGUUGUCGUGUGCGGAUUACAAACUGUCGAUCCCAGCGGCUCUGAGCAUGGACAAAUUCAGGGAAGUGCUCUUUCAGCUCAGCGCGGCCCAUGGUACCGAUGUGGCCUUGCAGCCAUAUGACGUGUUCAGGAAACAUAAGCGUCUUGUCGUCUUUGAUAUGGAUUCGACGCUUAUUCAGCAGGAGGUCAUUGAUGAGAUUGCGCGCUACGCCGGCGUCAUGGACAAAGUCGCAGAAAUCACAGAGGCAGCGAUGAACGGAGAGAUCGACUUUAAAGAGUCUCUCAGGCGACGUGUCGCGCUCUUAAAAGGCACUCCAGCCAAUGUGCUUGAUAUCGUUCGCGAGCGCUUGACCUUUACCGAGGACGCGCUCUACCUCUGCAAGGCCCUCAAGAAGAUCGGCUUCAAGCUCGCCGUUAUCUCUGGUGGCUUCAUGCCCUUGGCCCUGCACGUCAAGAACGUUCUUGGACUGGACUAUGCGUUCGCCAACCACCUCAAGGUCUCGCCGGACGGACUCUACCUCACCGGAGAGACCAUCGGCCCCAUUGUUUCGGGCGAGCGCAAGGCAGAGUUGCUCGAGGUCAUUGCCCAGGCGGAGUCCGUCACCCUGGACCAAGUCAUUGCCGUCGGCGAUGGUGCCAACGAUCUGUGGAUGUUGGCCAAGGCGGGUCUCGGCAUCGCCUUCAAUGCCAAGCCCAGAGUCCAGCAGGAGGCACGCGCACGAAUUAAUCAAAAGAGCCUUAAGUAUGUACUUUACCUGCUUGGAUACGAGGACGCAGAGAUCCGACAGCUCGCCAACUCGUAGACACGCGCCUUUUUGUUGUCAUACUCCCUCUGCAUCUUAAUCUUUUUUAUAUAUUAAAUAAGCA